GAGCGAUCUGAGCACGUGCUCUUCCCCAGUACAAUCAGGCAGCACACACGCGACCCGGAAGGUUUUCCGGCCACACUCUAGAGCCUUGGUGAGGGAAGUCGAUGGCGGAGGGAGCGGCAGAAGCUUCAGCCGAGAGUGGUGGUGACGGGGCAUCAGGAGUGAGCGCGUCAGAACGGGGAGUGGCGCCCAUUAAGCCUCAAUACCUCACCACCAAGGAAGGCUUUCACGGGUUCCUGGAGGCCCAAGGGCAGGAGAAGCUCCCCCAGGAAACUGAGGCAGGAAAUCCUGAUGGCAGUGAUGGGGCUGAGCCUGAGGCCAAGAGGAUCCGAUUGGAGAAUGGGCAGACUGAGGAGGCAGCGGAGCCUGGGGAGCAGCCCCAGGCACAGAAGAGGGCGCGGGGCCAGAACAAAGUCCGGCCCCACAUGAAGCCCACGCACUAUGACAAGAACCGGCUGUGCCCUUCCCUAGUCCAGGAGUCACCUGGCCAGUGUUUCUUUGGGGACCGCUGCCGCUUCCUGCAUGACGUGAGCCUCUAUCUGGAGAGCAAGCCGCCUGACCUGGGCCCCCGCUGCGUGCUGUUUGAGACCUUCGGCAGGUGCCCCUAUGGUGUGACCUGCCGCUUCGCCGGCGCCCACCUGGGGCCCGAGGGUCAGAACCUGGUGCGUGAGGAGCUGCUGGCUCACGGGGCCCACCCGCCACCCUUGCCUGAGCCUGCCGCCGCUGUCACCAAGCUCACCGCUCCUGAGGAUGACUCGGGGCGGAACCACUGUGCCACCCAGCGGGACCCUGUGGGGCUGGGGGCCGGCACCCCUCCUGGUAGCCCCGUGCGGACCUGCGGGCCCUUGACGGACGAGGACACAGUCAGGCUGCGGGCCUGCGAGAAGCGGGUACGACUGGACAUUGGCGGCAAACUGUACCUGGCCCCACUCACAACGUGCGGGAACCUACCCUUCCGGCGGAUCUGUAAGCGCUUCGGGGCGGACGUGACGUGCGGCGAGAUGGCCAUGUGCACCAACCUGCUGCAGGGCCAGAUGUCCGAGUGGGCCCUGCUCAAACGCCACGCGUGCGAGGACAUCUUCGGAGUCCAGCUGGCAGGCGCCUUCCCAGACACCAUGACCAAGUGUGCGGAGCUGCUGAGCCGCACCGUCGAGGUGGACUUCGUGGACAUCAACGUCGGCUGUCCCAUCGACCUUGUGUACAAGAAGGUAGCAUUUGCAGCGUCCUGGGGUGCAGCCUUGUGCCCGGCUGCGCUGGGCAUGGUGCCUUGGUAUCCCCAUUUGGGCAAGAAGGGGCUGAGCCUGCUGGUGGCAUGGCGGGGCGGUGGUUCGGAUGCCCAUGUGGUCACGGUGGGUCUAGGGUGCCUCGGGCAUCCGGGCUGUGGGACCCCGGUGUCCCUUCCUAACGGCCUGUCCCUGUUUCUUGCUCCUCACUCUCCCCUGCUCCCGUGUCUCCUCCCCGCCUCCCUCCCCUCUCAGCCCGUCCCUCCCGUCUCUCUCUUCUGUCCACCUCUUCUCUGCCUCCCUGCUCCUGUGGCGGUGGCGGCUCCCCCCCAGCUCCACGGCCGCUCCCGGGAGCAGCGCUACACGAAGCUGGCCGACUGGCAGUACAUCCAGCAGUGCGUGGAGGUGGCCAGCCCCAUGCCGCUCUUCGGGAAUGGCGACAUCUUAUCCUACGAGGACGCCAACCGUGCCAAGCAGACUGGAGUCGCUGGGAUCAUGAUCGCCCGGGGUGCUCUGCUGAAGCCCUGGCUGUUCACGGAGAUCAAGGAGCAGAGGCACUGGGACAUCUCGUCCUCCGAGCGCCUGGACAUCCUGCGGGACUUCACGCACUACGGCCUGGAGCACUGGGGCUCUGACACGCAGGGCGUGGAGAAGACAAGGCGCUUCCUGCUGGAGUGGCUGUCCUUCCUCUGCAGGUACGUGCCCGUUGGCCUGCUGGAGCUACUCCCGCAGCGCAUCAACGAGCGGCCACCCUACUACCUGGGCCGGGACUACCUGGAGACGCUCAUGGCCAGCCAGCAGGCAGCGGACUGGAUCCGCAUCAGCGAGAUGCUGCUGGGCCCGGUGCCACCCGACUUCGCCUUCCUGCCCAAGCACAAGGCCAAUGCCUACAAGUAGCUGCUGCCUGGGGCUGGGGCUGGUUUGGAGGACAACAAAUUGGGGUUUUGUUGGGGUGGUGCCUUUGGAGACAGGAUCUCACUAUGAACCCAGGCUGGCC